AUGAGAGCAGAUUAUGUUCACCCUGCUGAGAAAAUAGACGAAGGCAGUGGUUGGGAAUUAAUUAGAAAGAUUGUUUUUGGAGAUGGGGAGGAUGCAAUAAUUUCUGAAUUGGAAGAAGUUGGUAUGGAAAUUGUCAGAAAAUGUGAUGGUCUUCCUCUGGCAAUCAAAGUGAUGGCUGGUGUUUUAUUUCACAAGGAAAGGACUAAGACGGAGUGGAAAAAAGUUGUUGAAAGUGAUUUAUGGUUUAGGAAAGAGAUCAAACUAUCCAAUGCUUUAUACUUGAGCUAUGAGGAUUUGCCCAAUCACCUCAAACAAUGCUUUCUUAGUUGUGCUUUCUACCACGGCAUAUCACAUCGAUCUGACAUAAUCAGACUGUGGGUGGCCGAAGGGUUUGUCAUUGAAGAAUUAGAUAGUUUGAUGGAAGUUACUGCAAAAGACUACUACAAAGAACUUAUUGCAAGAAACCUUUUGCAAAUUGACCAAAGAUUUGAAGAUGGUAGACUAUUUGUUAUGCAUGAUGUUUUGCGAUCUUUUGGGGAAAAAUUGAUGGAAGAGGAAGGGAUUAUUAUUAGUGGUGAAAAUCACUGCAUGAACUUCCAGAUGGCAUCACAAGGCCAUCGUGACUCCAUGAGCAUGAUGGAAGGUGGUUGUGACUUGGACGAUUUGCAAUAUUUGUGCAACCUAAAUGAUCUGGUUAUUAGUAAAUUGGAAAGGGCAAGGACGACAAACUUUGUGCUCGAGAGCAAAACAUUUCUUAGGAUACUGACUCUUGGAUGGACAAUGCACAAUAAUGAAAACAAUGAUGAGCAAAGCGGUGAGGCAGAGAGGAUAUGCAAACAACUCAGUCCUCCAGCAACCCUAGAAGUUCUCUCCAUCAACAAUUUCCCCGGUCGACAGUUUCCAGACUGGAUGGUGUCAACUUCAUUGGCUGACCUAACGUUUUUGGCUCUUGACAAAUUUCCAUCAUGUACGGCGCUGCCUCCAUUGGGCCAACUACCCAAUCUUAAAAUCCUACACAUUGAAGGAGGAGAAGCAAUCAAGAGUAUUGGGCCUGAAUUCCUAGGUCGCAGAACGCCUGCAUUCCCAAAACUCGAGUAUCUUGCAUUCGAUAGCAUGCGUAAUUGGGAAGAAUGGGUAUUACGUGUGGCUCCUAUCGAGGAUGUUCAUGCAAGCAACCUCAAUUUUUUUCCUAAUUUGGAAAAAUGCUACUUCUACGACUGCCCAAAGCUGAAAAAUAGCAUCCAUCCCCCAACCAGGCUUUUGCAAAUUAAUGGCUGUCCAAAUUUAGAAUCUAUGGAGAAGGUCGGUAUGCUGCAGUUGCGAAAAUUCGAAGUUGUUCUCCCCUCUGAAAUAAAACAGCUUCCAAAGUGGAUAUCAAGCCUGAUUAAUAUGACUUUGCAAAGUUUGCAACUAUUUAACAUGCAAUGCAAUUCACUUGUACUAGAUAGUUGCCGUAAAGGGAAGCAAAAUUGGCAUAUCAUUCAACACAUUCCAAAAGUUAUUAUUCAUAGCAUCGGUCUUGAAACACGCUUAUUGCGGAGUAAGGACGGAUACCAAUACCAAAUAAAAGAUGAGCUUGGAAGUAGUUUCAUCACCCCUGGUAAGUCCUUUGAUCAUCAAUCUUCUGGUCCCCUCGGAUGGAUCUAA